CGGACCGGGACCGUGGUCGGGACCGGCGGGUGCGGACGGUGACCGGGGCCGUCCGGCAGCGCCUGUCCCGCUCCGGUCCGGCCUCCAGCUAAGCCUGGAAAACCUUAGCCAAAAGACAGCAAACCACGGGGAAGUGGAGACGUGUGUGAUACUCUGGAGAGCAUUUUUUAAUGUGUUACUGAAGAAAAAUUGUCAUGCAAAACAGCCCAACAGUUUCUUUUGCAUGAAAGAAAGCAAAAAGCAUCAAACAGGGAACAAGAAAUUAACUGCUCUGGAGUGCCUGGACUACGACGGUGGAGCGCAGAACCUACGGGCUUGCUGCAGGAUUUAGGUCACCCUUGCUGUGGAGCACACAGGACCUGGGGACUGAGCUUGCCCUAAAAGAAAUCAUGUCAUCAGGGGGAGCUGAAGAUGAUAUUCCUCAAGCAGAGAGAAAAACGGUGACAGACUUUUGCUACUUAUUGGAUAAAUCUAAGCAACUCUUCAAUGGCUUAAGGGAUUUACCUCAGUAUGGGCAGAAGCAGUGGCAAUCCUAUUUUGGGCGAACAUUUGAUGUUUACACCAAACUCUGGAAGUUCCAACAGCAGCACCGACAAGUAUUGGACAAUCGGUAUGGGUUGAAGAGGUGGCAAAUUGGGGAAAUUGCUUCCAAGAUUGGGCAGCUCUAUUACCAUUAUUACCUGCGCACCUCUGAAACCAGCUAUCUCAACGAGGCUUUCUCCUUCUACUCAGCAAUUAGGCAGAGGUCGUACUACUCCCAAGUCAACAAAGAAGACAGGCCCGAAUUAGUGGUUAAGAAGCUGCGUUACUAUGCAAGGUUUAUAGUGGUUUGUCUCCUGCUCAACAAGAUGGAUGUUGUAAAGGAUCUUGUAAAGGAGCUGUCAGAUGAAAUUGAAGACUACACGCAUCGUUUCAAUACUGAAGAUCAGGUGGAGUGGAACCUGGUUCUUCAGGAAGUGGCAGCAUUUAUUGAGGCAGACCCUGUCAUGGUUUUAAAUGAUGACAACACCAUUGUAAUCACCUCUAACAGGCUUUCUGAGACGGGAGCUCCGUUGCUGGAGCAGGGGAUGAUAGUGGGACAGCUUGCUCUUGCAGAUGCACUCAUUAUUGGGAACUGCAACAACCAGGUCAAGUUCAGUGAGUUAACAAUUGACAUGUUCCGAAUGCUACAAGCCCUGGAGAGGGAACCCAUGAACUUGGCAUCACAAAUGAACAAACCUGGAAUGCAGGAGUCAACAGAGAAACCAGCCAGGCGGGAAAACCCUCAUAAAUACCUACUUUAUAAACCAACUUUUAGCCAGCUAUAUACAUUUUUAGCAGCAUCAUUUAAGGAGCUGCCUGCCAACAGUGUGCUGCUGAUUUACCUGUCUGCUACGGGCGUGUUCCCAUCAGGUCGUUCGGAUAGUGAAGGUCCGUACGAUUUUGGGGGUGUGCUGACCAACAGUAACCGGGACAUCAUCAAUGGGGACGCCAUCCACAAGCGCAACCAGUCCUACAAGGAGAUGCACUGCCUUCACCCUGGAGAUCUCUACCCUUUCACCAGAAAGCCCCUGUUCAUCAUCGUGGAUUCUUCCAACAGCGUCGCCUACAAGAAUUUCACAAACUUAUUUGGACAACCAUUGGUGUGCUUGCUUUCUCCAACAGCAUAUCCAAAAGCAUUACAAGAUCAGUCUCAGCGGGGUAGCCUCUUCACACUCUUUCUGAACAAUCCGUUAAUGGCAUUCCUGUUUGUCUCUGGAUUAUCAAGCAUGCGCCGAGGAUUGUGGGAGAAGUGUCAGGAUUACCUCAGAAAAAUCAACCGGGACAUUGCCCAGCUGCUGACCCACUCCCGCUCCAUAGAUCAGUCCUUUCUUCAGUUUUUUGGGGAUGAAUUCCUUCGCUUGCUUCUCACAAGAUUUAUCUUCUGUUCGGCUACUAUGAGGAUGCACAAAAUCUUCCGGCAGGAGACUCGAAAUUAUCCCGAAUCUUAUCCUCAGCUGCCAAGAGAUGAAACGGUGGAGAACCCUCACCUCCAAAAGCACAUUUUGGAGCUGGCUUCCAUACUGGAUGUUAGGAAUGUUUUCCUGGAAAACACGCUUGAUGACUAUUAAAAGAAACUGUCUUACUGCAAA